GUGUGCGUCUUGACCGAGUGCGUGGAGGCCGCCAGAAAUACAAGCGACGGCUGGACGCGGAGAACAGCCCGUACCUGAGCUUACAGAUUUCCCCACCUGCUAAAAAGCCAUUGACCAAGAUCGUCUCCUACCUGCUGGUGGCGGAGCCAAACAAGCUCUAUGCCAGGCCUCCCCCCGGCAUGCCUGAGGGCGACAUCAAGGCCCUGACCACUCUCUGUGACCUGGCCGACCAAGAGCUCGUGGUCAUCAUCGGCUGGGCCAAGCACAUCCCAGGUGAGUCACAUAGGGCCAGGGAGAGA